UCGCGAUAAUCGCUACAUCCUUGACGAUGUCGUCAUCAUGGGGACAUAUUGGAGGUCAGAUGUCCAUGCAGGACAUCAGAGAUAUGAAACCUCAGAAGUACUGCGGACCAGUCCUGUCGAAAGCUUUGGCGUUACUGUGCUACGCCGACAAUGAAAAAGUUGGCAAACGUGCCGACCGCAAUUCCAUCUACAAUGCAAUUUUGCCUCCACUUUACAAAGAGGAAGACAUACCUUACUGGCCCUGGCUGUCAGCUGAAAAGGCUAGAAGUAUGGGAUUAGCGUCGCGCGGGAAACGUUUCGUAGUCGACGAAUGUUGCUUCAAAGCUUGCAGUAUCGAUGAACUCAUGUCAUAUUGUUAA